AUGAUUGACUAUCUGGUACAACCAGCCCUGGUGGGUCUCUAUGUCCUAGGUAAAGAUGUUUUAUACGACGAAUACCUACCCGAUAAUCCACAUGUGUUAAUUGACGUCGCCACCAACAUGUUUGCUAAGUUAGUGUCAGCUGUGGUAACGGUCGAGUUUCUAGUGCCCUAUACCACGCCCUUGGCUACCUGGAUAGAACCCCUGUUUCACGGCGCAAUUAACGGUGCUAUCAAGCAUCAAUUUAUCGACACUGACAGUCUUAAUGCCAUUAGUUUUGUGGAACAGGGUUUCCAGCAGGUGCAACCCACUGCCCUACGCCCCACCGGUCGAUAUAUGGCAAGUGAUCCAAAACUCAACAAGGACUUUGACAAUCGCUAUGAUAAUGCCGAUCUCCAAAUGGAUCGAAGGGCUAAGGAUAUUGCGGCGGCUUAUACCGAAUACGACGAGAUGAAAGCUUACAAAAUGUAUCUAGAAACCUUGGAAACAGAAGCCCGCGUUAGAGAUCCCGGUGACCCCACUUCAGUUGAGAUGACAGAAAUAAAGGCAGAUGGCACGGUUGAAAAGAAAACCGUAAAAAUCACUGAAUUACUGCCCAAACGCAGUGAGUUUGAACAAGCCCGUCGCGCUGUCAUUGUCAAAAUCAAUAAGCUUAAUGAAGCUGAUUUAAAGCAAAUGUUUGCCGAGUUCGAAACCGAAUCCAUCUGGGAAUUAAGUUCUAAGAGACCUGAACAUGCCGUCACUGCCGGCAGCUUAAGGCACGUUAUUCACGAAUUACAACCCAAGGUAGCUCCACCAGCUACCUUUUUCAACAGUGUCAACCAGUAUAUCGAUGUGGACCUGCCCAAGCACAUCCACUACGUUAACCAGACCGAUCUUCAUCUGGUUUUGACCAACAAUGACAUGGCUGGUGACAACUUUAAUAGCAUGCCCAGCAAUUUGUUUUCGCGUAUCGACAUCCGGGUCGGCAAUGAAAUUAAGCAAACCGUUACUGAUUUGGAGCAGUGGAUGGAUGCCGUAAUUUACAAAGAUCCCUGGGAACACGAACGCCAUCAAGAGGCUAAGGUGUAUGACGCUGCUAACUAUGCCGUGGAUUCCACCGCUGUUUUCGGCGCCUUGUCGGACAGUCCCACUAUUCGCAUCCCCAUCACCUCAUUGCUGACUCAAUGCGGCAUUCCCUUGGCUACGUGUGACGAGCAAGUUACGCUCCGGUUUUAUUCCCAAGUGGCUAGCAACGUGCUAAAUACAGGUAACAUAGCCCUUAAGGAGUUUAAAUUCAUGCUUCGGGAAAUCCGGGGUGAUGACAGCGCCCUGCAGCAGAUCUCCAAACCCAACCUGGACUGGCGUUUCCUAGAGCCCAAGCACGAGGAAAAGACCCUGAGCUUGACCGACGGGUCUACCACCACCUGGGUGCUCAACAACUUUAGCCCGGAUGACCUGUGCUCCCACAUGUGGGUUUUUGUCCGCAACACCAACCUAGCUGGUGCCAACCGUGAUACCAUGUUGAGUGAUGUUAUUGACCGCAUCUGGUUGGAGGACGAAUCCGGGCACAACCUGACCAACGGCAUCCAAUGGAAGGCUCCUGAGCUGCUGGCUAUCAACUAUCCCGAUAACUUUAAUAACACCGCCAGCCAAAGCCACGGUCUCUAUCUGGUCUACUGCCCAGCCACCGACCCCCAAGCCGAUUACCGCGAAGGUGUUAUGUCCGGUGCCCAGCCUCUGGUUCGUAACAUGAAACUACGUAUUACUGCCCAGGCGACUGGAAACUAUAACUGCACCGUUGUAGCCAUGUGCUAUAAGCACUGCCGCGUCCAAGGCGGACAACUCAUUGUUCAAUAA